UAUAUUAUCUAUUUUGGUAUACUACUAUAACUAGUCUUUUUAUGACCCUGUUAAUAAAGAGGGCGUUAGUGUUCAAUUUUUAUAAACUUCCUAACCUGGGAUCUUUUUUUGAGUUUGAUAUUUUUUAAGUAAAAAUUUAAAUAAAAGGUUAAUAUUUAGAUCUUCAUUUAAAGACUUCUUCAAAAAUAUUAACGCGACGAUGCAAUCUAAAUACAUGAAAGAGAAAAACAGCCUGUUGGAUUUGUCAAGUGGCAACACAUUAUUAAACAAAGCAACAAAUGAUAAAACGUCUGCAAAUGAUUCAGAUAUAUUAUUGAAUGAAGAAACAAAUAAUACAAUUACAAAUAUGACAGGAGAUGAAAUUUUCAAAACUCUAUCUUUAUCGAAAUUGCAACGUCUUCCUGAUGGAUUUGCUGAUUAUGUAUCAAAACUUGUUGAUCUUAAUUUGUGUAAUAAUUAUGUUCAUGAUCUACCAAGCUCUUUGAACAUGCUAACUGGACUGGUAUCUUUAAAUCUAAAUAAUAAUCAAUUGCAUUCGCUCCCAGAUGUAAUUUGUGAAUUAAGCAAUCUGAGAAAAUUAUGGGCUUGUGAAAAUAAAAUAAAUCAACUUCCUAAAAAUUUAGGAAAUUUAUCAAAUUUAAAGAUCUUGUCCUUAAAUAUGAAUCAAUUAACGUAUCUUCCAAAUUCAUGUGCAAAAUUAAAUCAAUUAGAAAUUUGUAGCCUCAGUGUCAAUCAAUUUAAAAGAAUGCCAAAUUGUAUAGCCAAAGGAAUGAAAAAUCUACAAAUCCUCAAUUUGUCACAUAACAAACACAUAAAUUUGAAUGUUUAUCCCAAGAGUAUUAAGUUGACCGCAUUUUACGCAGAAGAAAAUGGUAAGUGCAUUUCAUUUCCAAAGUGGAUAUUGAGCUCUAGCUAUAAAAAGCUUGAAACAGUAUCACUGAAUGAAACUAGAUUUCAAAAAUUCAGUUUGCUAAAAAAAACAUCUAAAUGCCAUAUUAAAAGAUUUUUUAUGAAACAGUGUGAUCUAAAUAGUGAAAUUAUUGAAAAAAUAAUCACCGAGAUGACAGAUCUUGAAGAAUUAAUAAUUGGAAAUAAUAAAGCAUUUCAUCCAAAUUAUUUUUUAUUCAUGCCCAUUAACAAGAAAAGAAAACCAUCUAGUGUCAAAAUAAUUGAUAUACAAGAUACUGGACUUAUGGAACUACCCAAGACAAUAGAAAGAUUCGUAAAUCUGUAUGAUUUGAACUUAAGUUCCAAUAACUUACUCUUCUUACCAGAAGAAAUAUGUACUUUGAAGAAUUUGAGCAUUUUAAUAAUGGACAACAAUCACUUAGUAUGUCUUCCUGAAAAUAUUGGAAAAUUAACAUCUUUGAAAGAAUUAAAACUGCGUCACAAUGAAUUGAACAAACUGCCUGAGAGUAUAAACUUAUUAUGCAACUUGGAGUACAUGGAUCUGUUUGAUAAUGAAUUUGAAUCAAUGCCAGAAGUAAUAGAAAGCUUACCAAAUUUGAAAGGACUGGAUCUAGAACAAAAUUAUUUCUCAACUGAAUGUUUAUGGUAUAGGUAUAAAUAUAUGAGAGAUAAUUUGAGAAAUUAUUGGACGAAUUCUACAUAUGAUUGUGAAUUUAUUUCUGGAGUCAAAUCGAGGUCAGACAGUGCAAUAAAUCUAUCGUCAUCAUCGAAUUUUUCUGAAAGUUCUUCACUCAAAACAGAAUAUAUUUCCAAUUCGUUACCAAAGGAGCUGUAUGAUGAGUACGAGUUUAAGGAACAUUGGGAUACCUCAGAAGAUUCGGCCGACGAAUUUGAUCCUCAUGAAAAUAAGGAACCAAAGCCACGGUUUUAUCCCCCUUUAAAGUUUUAUCAGCCAUAUCAACAAAUAUUUUGUCCUUCAGACUUUCACGAGACCCGCGUUAUAACACGAAUUAAAAAGAUGUUACAGAAUGGGACUUUAGUUUGGUCAUCAAAUCAUGAGGAAGGCCAAUUCGAAGAUCCCUAAACUAAAAGACUGAUAUUUGUACAAAAGAUAGUUCAAUGAUUCUUAAUUGAAUUAUAUUACUACUUUUACUAAGUAUUAUUAUUACUUAUUAUUUUUCAUCAGACAAGU